CAGGUUCCCUUUCCUGGGCACACGCGGGCCUCACUCCUUCCUCAGGUCCCACCUCGGGAAAGAGCAGCGGAAAGCAAUGUACAGCAGUGUUUGCAUCUGCAUGUUCCUUGCUGUGCUCUCGGCAAGCUCUUUGGGGCAGCAAACUGUGGGCUCACACAAUGGGAAUCCACUGCCUGCUGAGGUGGAGCAGAGCUGGGCAGAACAUCACCGGCACCUCCGUGCCCCUUCCUCUGCUGGCACCCUCAAAUCCAUGUCACGGAUGGAUGGAAGCAUUGACCAGAGAGCCAACAUCGGAGCCCUGCUGGCCAAGUACCUCCAGCAAGCCAGAAAAGGUGCCACUGGGAGGCUCCCAGUAAUGGGAAACAGGGUACAGAGCAUUGAUCCUACUCACAGGAUAAAUGACAGAGACUACAUGGGCUGGAUGGAUUUUGGACGCCGCAGUGCUGAAGAAUAUGAAUAUUCCUCCUAAAGAACAGCAAACUAUAGCAACAGGAAAAAAAAAAAAUCACACUCCCAUGUCUGUACAGAAAGAGGAAAAUUAAUUUGUUGUUCUCUUCAAAUCAGUGUUUUAAAAGAUAACAUGUAUUUGAUGUAAAUUUGUCUGUAAGAUUAUACAAUGCAAUAUAUACAUAUGCAGAAUUUUCCAGAAAAUGUUUUCUCUCUUUUGUGGUUUCUCAUACACUGAUAAUAUAUUAAACUUAUUUC